AUGUCUGGACACAGCUACGCAAUUAAUCAACACGGCAAUAUUGGCCUAGUUCAAGCAGUCCACUACGGGGACAACGUUUUCUAUGGUAAUACCGAUAGACCCCUGACCUUGAAGCAUGUUGCGCUGGAGACGCACAAGAAGGUGAAGUCAGAGUGGGAGGAAUAUAGAACAUGUGAUUGGCUGCUGCGGGAAAAUGAUUUUCAGUUGUGGGAGAAACUGGAUAGGGAGGUUUCUUUUCUUUGGAUUCAUGGUCGCCCUGGGUGUGGAAAAUCAACAUUGAUGUCUCGUGUCAUCGAGAGCAUAUAUCAUCAAUUCAUGGAACAAGGCCCUGAAACUAUCCACCUGCUUUAUUUUUAUGUCGGCUUUGGCGAUGAUCAAGAAAAGGAUACGCUUUAUCGAAAGAUGCUGAUGACAUUUUGGGAGCAAGCAACUAACGAAUCUAAUCAACAAUCGAUCAAUACAUUCGGAAAUCAUUCUACCAUCGAGUUAAUCGAAAACAAAUUACAUAAAUUUCUAACCUUUUCGAAACGCAACGUAUAUCUCGUCAUUGAUGCACUAGAUCAACUUCCCCUGGAUUCUCAAUAUCAAAUUCUCAACGGCCUAACCGCAUUGGCCCAAAAGCUCAGGAAUGAAACGGACGGCAGCCGUCUUAGCGUAGCUAUCAGUUCUCGUGAUUGCAACGGCAUAGAUCAACUGAAAACAUAUCGAGUAUUCCCAAUCGAAGUCACAGCGGGAAGAAACAAGCGUGAUAUAGAAAUAUACCUUCAGAAAUGUCUCGAAUCAAAAUCGAAACUGUUUCAGAAAAGACCAGACCUUGGGGAAAAGGUCUUUAACCACUUAAGUGCAAAAGCGGAUGGCAUGUAA